GGACUUUAAAAAAGAGGAUCGGAACCGCUUCUCGCUCGGCGGCGCCGCGUCCCCCUCCGGCCUAAAGGGGGACCGGGAUGUGAGCGCUCGGGGGCGGGAGCCGCGCUGCGGAGGAGACCGUGCUCGGGGCCGCUGCGAGGGAGCUGAGGGCCGAGAGGCGGCGGCUGCCUCUCGCCGCGUUCCGUCCUCUCUCGGCUUCUCCCGUUCCCGGCGCGGCGCUGCGCCGCCUCUCCGGCGUCCUGCCUUAAACUGCCGCGCAAGGGAGGGCCGGGCGGAAGCAUGUCCAACCCCGAGGAGCGGCUCUCAUCCCGCCCCCCGGCCCCCCUGGCUGCGGCGCCCGGGGAAAAGCCCGGCUCCGGCCGCCGCCCGCCCCACUCUCAUGGCCGGGGCGGCGGAGGUGGAGGCAGCGGCGGGUCUCCUCCCCCCCCCGCGCCCGGAGGCAGCUCGGUUGCCCGCAGCUCCCUCGCUCUGCUCCUGACAGCCGCCGCCGGCAGCAGCAGCAGCGGGAGCCGCGCUGCAGGGACUGCCCCCGCCGCCUCCGCCCGCAUCGGCCCCGCAGCGGCGGCGGCUCCUCUCCGCGCUCCAAUCCCCUCCUUCUCCUUCGCUUCUCCAUCUUCGUUUUACUUCUUGCCGCCGCCUCCUCGUUUCCCCUCCUCGUCUUCCUUUAACCUCACGAGUCUCCAAGGGAGGGAAGGAGGAGGAGGAAGAGAUGCUAGCGGAGCGGCGGCGGCUCACUUGAUCGCCCAUCCAGGCGGCGGCGGCGGCAGGAGGAGACUCUUCUCUUCUCCCUCCAUCCAGGGCUCGCUGUUCCGCUCCGCGGCCGCCGGCCCCCGGCAGCACCAUCCGCGGCUCCUCCUCCCCGCGGCCGCCUCUCGCCCGUGGUCCUGCGCUUUCCUCGGCGCUGCAGCGGCGGCCGCCCGCGGCGACGGGAUCCGAGGAGGCGACGGCCCCGGCGGGAGCGGGACUUCGCGGCGGCUGCGAGGCGCCUUCUUCUCCUUCUCGUCUCCCCUGCUCCCGGGGCCAGACAUGGAAGAUGGAUCUAAUUCUGCCAGCUGCUUCAGGAGGUUUACGGACUGUUUCCUGAACACAAGUUUAACAGAUGAAAAAGUGAAGGCCUAUCUUUCCCUUCAUCCCCAGGUGCUGGAUGAGUUUGUGUCAGAAAGUGUAAGUGCGGAAACUGUUGAAAAAUGGCUAAAAAGAAAAAACAACAGACAGGAAGAUGAAUCGACUCCUAAAGAAGUCAGCAGGUAUCAGGAUACGAACAUGCAAGGUGUAGUGUAUGAAUUGAACAGCUACAUAGAGCAGCGCCUGGAUACAGGAGGAGAUAACCAACUGCUUUUGUAUGAACUGAGCAGCAUCAUUAAAAUAGCUACGAAAGCUGAUGGAUUUGCACUAUAUUUCCUGGGAGAAUGCAAUAAUAGUCUGUGUGUAUUUACACCACCAGGAGCUAAAGAAGGACAACCACGGCUCAUUCCUGCAGGGCCCAUUGCACAUGGCACUACAGUAUCUGCUUAUGUAGCCAGAUCCAGAAAAACGUUGUUAGUAGAAGAUAUUCUGGGGGAUGAGCGAUUUCCCAAAGGUACUGGACUGGAAUCAGGGACUCGUAUCCAAUCUGUUCUUUGUUUACCAAUUGUCACUGCCAUUGGUGAUCUGAUUGGUAUCCUGGAGCUUUAUCGUCACUGGGGCAAAGAAGCCUUCCGUCUUAGUCACCAAGAGGUUGCAACGGCAAAUCUUGCAUGGGCUUCAGUAGCAAUACAUCAAGUACAAGUGUGCAGAGGUCUUGCCAAGCAGACUGAACUGAAUGACUUCUUGCUUGAUGUAUCGAAAACAUACUUUGAUAAUAUAGUUGCAAUAGAUUCUCUACUUGAACAUAUAAUGAUAUAUGCAAAAAACCUGGUGAAUGCAGAUAGGUGUGCACUCUUCCAGGUUGACCACAAAAAUAAGGAGCUGUAUUCAGAUCUUUUUGAUAUUGGAGAAGAAAAUGAUGGGAAACCUGUUUUUAAGAAGACCAAAGAAAUAAGAUUUUCUAUAGAGAAAGGAAUAGCUGGUCAAGUGGCAAGAACCGGGGAAGUCCUUAACAUCCCUGAUGCCUAUGCAGAUCCACGCUUUAACAGAGAAGUAGACCUCUAUACGGGCUACACAACCAGAAAUAUCCUGUGCAUGCCUAUUGUGAGCCGAGGAAGUGUAAUAGGCGUUGUGCAGAUGGUGAACAAAAUAAGUGGAAGUGCCUUCUCUAAAACCGAUGAGAACAACUUUAAAAUGUUUGCAGUCUUCUGUGCUUUAGCCUUACACUGUGCUAAUAUGUACCACAGAAUUCGCCAUUCAGAGUGUAUUUACCGUGUAACAAUGGAGAAGCUAUCCUACCACAGUGUUUGUACUGCAGAAGAGUGGCAAAACCUCAUGCACUGUACACUGCCUCCACAUAUUUAUAAAGAAAUUGAACUAUACCACUUUGACAUCAGUCCGUAUGAGGAUGUGUGGCCUGCCAUUUUUGUCUACAUGGUUCACCAGUCCUGUGGGACAGCCUGCUUUGAACUUGAAAAGCUAUGCCGAUUUACUAUGUCUGUAAAGAAGAACUAUCGUCGUGUGCCCUAUCACAACUGGAAGCAUGCAGUUACAGUUGCACACUGCAUGUAUGCCAUACUUCAGAACAACCAGGGGCUCUUCACUGAUCUGGAGCGAAAAGGUCUUUUAGUUGCAUGCCUAUGUCAUGAUCUGGAUCACAGAGGUUACAGCAACAGCUACCUUCAGAAGUUUGAUCACCCUCUAGCUGCUCUCUAUUCCACAUCAACAAUGGAACAGCACCACUUCUCACAAACUGUGUCCAUCCUGCAGCUGGAAGGGCACAAUGUCUUUUCCAAUCUGAGCUCCAGUGAAUAUGAGCAAGUACUUGAGAUCAUCCGGAAAGCCAUCAUCGCCACGGACCUUGCCCUGUAUUUUGGAAAUAGAAAACAGCUUGAAGAACUGCAUCAGGCAGGAGCAUUAAACCUUAAGAACCAAGCACACAGAGACAGAGUGAUCGGUCUGAUGAUGACUGCUUGCGAUUUGUGUUCUGUAACAAAACUGUGGCCAGUUACCAGACUGACAGCCAAUGAUAUAUAUGCUGAGUUCUGGGCUGAGGGCGAUGAGAUGAAAAAGACAGGUAUUCAACCCAUUCCUAUGAUGGACAGAGACAAGAAGGAUGAAGUCCCUCAGGGUCAAAUUGGAUUCUACAAUGCUGUAGCCAUCCCAUGUUACACCACACUUGCACAAAUUUUUCCUCCAACUGGGCCACUACUCCGAGCAUGCAGGGACAAUCUCAACCAGUGGGAGAAAGUAACGAGAGGUGAAGAAGCCUCUAUAUGGAUUACUUCCCAGUCCAUUGCUCCUGGAACCUCAGAUUCACUUCCUGUGAAGACUGAUGACUGAACAGCGACAACAGAUUGCUUUAAACCUAAAAGCAUCCUUUUGGGAGUUUUUGUUUUGUUUUGUUUUGUUGUUGGGUUUUGUUUUUUUUUUGUCUUUUUUUUGUU